AUGGCCAUGACAGUUGGGGAGGUAGUGUCGUUCUGGGCACCGCUGCUCCUGCUACAUCUGCCCUCUACCCAGACCGUCAUCCUCUCUCUGCCUUUCCAAACCGUGCAACAAUGCACCAAGCGAGAGUAUUUUGACAUUUCCCGAAUGGUGUGCAGGCCGUGUGGCGCCGACCAGCAGUCAGGUAGCGAUGGUACAUCAUGUGUGUGUCUUCCUGGUUAUAAAUUAGUCUCGAACAAUGGUGGCCCUUUCAUUGAAUGUAAAAAAUGCCCCAUGGUAUAUUCAGCAGUCACCCACGAUGGAUGGAGCUGUAUUAGAUGUCCCCCAGGUGCCAGUGUAGACAAUCAUGGAAAAUGUCAGUGUCUACCAGGAUACAUCCUGGUGGAAAGGCAUAUUAAUGGACCACCAUUAAAAGAAGCAAAGUGUGAGCCGUGUUAUAAUACUGCCCCAUCUUUCUCUACGCCAGACGUUUCUGCAAAACUCUGCAUCAGAUGUCAUGAAACAUUCAUCAAUGCCACACACUCUUGUGAUUGCCAGUCAAACAUUCUGACUGGAGGAUUGUGUUUUCAUGCUGAUCCAAAAACCUUGAGUUCUUCAGUUAUUACAAAUAUUAUCUAUAGAAAGAAUUUAAUAGUGUCAUCUGCCUGGUUUGCCAACAACUUGAAAGCAUCAGCUAUUUCGUGUUUGAGAUUUGCAAAUCUGACUGCUUGCCAGGUUUUGGGAAACAUGUGUGUCAUGACAAUGAAUUCAAUAAACAUUGAAGCACCACCUAAUGAUGCUUGUGGACUUUUUCAAACAAUACAUAAAAAUACUGUACACCUUGGAAUUACCCAUUCAGUAUCUUCUUGGCGUAGGAAUCUGCCCUGGUUGUACUAUGAAGGCCACACAGAUGGUUUAGCACCCAGAACUUUUCAUCAAGAUCCAUUUCCAACAGUAUUUUAUUUCAAGACAUUUCAACGUAUGGAACUACAGUUUAUUAUUGCCAAAUUUGAUGCACGUGGCUAUUUUCUUGAUUGGGAAAAAGUAACUGGAAGCACUCUACAGUUGUGCCCAGAUACCAUGGCUAAACUGAAUGCUGCGUAUGUCUUUGGAAUUACGUAUCAGCAACAAUGUAUAAUUCCUGUUUCCAAGCUUUUAUCUGAUUACGAUGACAUUCAAUUUUAUGACUUAUACAUGCUUUACGAAGGGGAAGAUGGCGAGGAUAAACUUCAUCCUAUUGCAGUUCGUAACUUAAAUUUUCAAUAUAAUGGACAAUUUGUUAACCAAGUUAAUACAGAGAAUAACUGGCGUUUUACUAGACGUAUUUUCUUGGUGGAUACUUUAUCUGGUCGUGAAACUAACCUAAAGAACCAACCAAAGGUGAUUAGAGUUGCUAACAGUAUAAAAAUCAGGGUCAAUCUUGUGCCUAACACUGUACAAGGAAAUAUCUAUCCUCCUACUCUGAUUGUCUCCUACAAAAGUAUUAAGAUCCAAGAUCCAGAUCAACAGUCUGUUUCAAUAUCUUUUUCAGUUGAAUAUGAAAUGGACUUGUCAUCAGCUUAUCAGAAUACAGAGAUCGCAUUGGGUUUCCUGUGUGGCUUAUCAGUGAUAUGCUCUGUUUUGAAGACAGCCAGUUGGAGAAGACGAGUUGGAUAUCAAAUGAUUGACGUUCCAACAAUCUUGAAGUUCUUGCUGUUUUAUGCUGGAGACUUGGCGAAUGCCUUCUUUGUUGUGUUAUUUGGAACAGGCCUUUACUGGCUUAUAUUUUUCAAGGGUCAACGGAUUGCUUCUGUUUUUCUGCCCACACCUAGCCAAGAAAGACACUUUAUUGCUUCUGUGGUCAGUGCAUUUGCCCUAAAGUUUAUUCAGCUUUUACAUCAACUGGGAAUACAGUUAACUAUGGAUAUCUUUUUCAUUGACUGGGAAAGACCCAAGGGUAAAAUUGUUAAGUCCAUUGCAGGUGGAGGUGAUAUAAAGACUGCCCCAGCUCCUGUGAGCAUUUGGAGGACGUACUUUGUCGCAAAUGAAUGGAAUAACAUCCAAACAAUCAGAAAAACUAAUCCUAUUUUUCAACUUAUUACUGUUAUUUUCUUUUUGAAAGUUGUUGGUUUUGAAAAUCUAACUUCAAUGGAUCCUUAUUCUCAAUUAAAAAGAACUCCUGAGAGCGAUGUUGUACCAUCAAGCCGUGUACUGAGAUUUGGCAUGGCUAGCAGCAUUUGGUUGACAGUUGGUCUCAUUCAGAUGGUAUUCUGCACUGCUAUUUAUGAACGAUUUGUAGAAGAUAGAAUAAGUCAAUUUAUUGAUGUAUGUUCAAUAAGUAACAUAUCUGUGAUAAUUUUCUCACACAGAUGUUUUGGAUACUAUAUCCAUGGGAGGUCUGUGCAUGGACAUGCAGACACCAACAUGGAGGAAAUGAACCUUAAUCUAAAGAGAGAGGCGGAAAACCUGUGCAGUCAAAGAGGCUUGAUUCCGAACACUGACAUUGAGACAUUUGAGAUAUUCAUCACAAACAAGUUUAGAGAGCAAUAUGACAAGAUUCGAGAGCCAUUACAUUGGAGAAGUGAAUCUGACCGCCUCUUGAAUCAAACCAGUGAUUUAUUUGAACGUAGAUUGAAGGCUUAUAAUACCACUAAUAAAUUUCUUAGUUCAUUCAUUGAUCAUGCGAUUCGUGACAUGGAUUACAUUGUACAGGAUAAACUAUUAUUGGAAAGAAUAAUUGAAAUGGAGCUACAUGAGCCUAUAGACAAAACCAUUUUCUACAACGAUGAAAAGCUUUCAUUCGCUGAAGUUCUGUACUAUGGCAAUGAAAGCGCACUGAUUAUUUUUGAUGUGCUGUUUUUCUGUAUGGUGGACCUUGCUACUCAAAGUUUCAUUUUUGCUGCUUUUCUAACUUAUGUACAACAAAAGGUUAUUCAGUUUAUUCGUCUUGCAGUAGGACGCAAGAAUUUAGCUGCAAAAACGCUGAUUGAUGAAAGAUUCCUUCUCUGAAAUGAAAAUGAGUUUAUUAGGAGGACAGACUGUCCAAGUGGAACUCUAGUACUAAAGAUUCUAAUGUUCUUGGACUUGUUUUGCACUAAACAAAAACAAUCCUAUUACUAUUGUGUUCCUUUGCUGUGGGUACAAAUUGUUCCAAUAGUCUUUACUGUGUUGUGUUGUCUAAUGUUUUAGGUGAGUUUGUCAUUUGACAACUAACAUACAUCUAAAUAUUCAGUUUUUUCCCCUUCCUUUAUUUUUUCUGCAUUUGCAUUGCGAAGUAAUGUGCUUUCAACAAAUGAAUUAGUUAGUAACUUCGGCUGAGCAAUGUUAUUCUGUAUCUUCGUUAGAAUUUAUUGG